GCAUUUAACUUCAUUUAGCAUUUUAUCCUUAUUACUAGCUAACACCUUCCCACUAACAUUUCAGGCUCCCGAAACUUAUCGGGAAAUCGUGGAGAUAAUUACGACGAUUUGGACUAUAUUUUCGACGGACGUGGCAGAGCACUUCCGGAGGACGAUUUCGAAGAUGAUUUUGUUUUGAAUCAACGCCGGUACAAAGAACGUGCCGCGGCUGCCUUCGAGGAAGAUUUGGCCGAAUUGAGACGCAAGAGAAGAGACAUGCAGGACCGUAUUUUCGACGUAAUCGAUUUGAACGCCGAAAUUGAGAAGGCCAAAAACACGUUAGAAGCCGCCGACAAUGCUUUCCAAAAACACGCAACUAAAUUCGAUAAUAACGAAGACGAUCAAGACAACAUAACUCUAACACAGAAACUCGAUAGAUCACGAAAAUUGGCUAAUAUGGAACUCGUACCAGAAAAAUCUAAAGCCAAACCACAAAUUAUAUUACAAUGGGCAAGAAUGCAGAAUGUAGAACCGGAAAUAACAAAGGUUCGAGCUUCCAAAGGAAGAGCUCGAUUUAAUUCUUUGGCCGAUGCUAAUGAAUUUAUUGAAGAUCCAUUAGAUGUUCUUGCCAUGCAGCCGAUAAAAAGAAAGUUCCUGAAAAGAAAGAAGAGCGUCUCCUUUUAAAGAACUUUAUUCAUAAUCGCGAUUGGAUCGGACUGAAUUUGUUGUUUGAUAUGACCCUUUUUAAAUGUGUAUUUUAAUUGA